GUCUCCAUGGUGCUAUUGGCAAGCUCAGAGAUGCUAUUCUGGGCAGUGCGUAUGGACUUGGCUUAAUCGGCAGGAGCCAAACCUCUGCACUACUGACCUCUCCCCUGGAGGAGCACCACAGGACUCAGGACCACCCUGAGCAGGGCUAAGAGCCCUAGGUUCCUCUCUGAGUCCAUAGCAUCUAAAAAGCAAGAAGACAAACGAUGGCUGAAAUAUCCCAGCCGAGGCGGUCCAUCCAGAACUCCACUAUGUCCCCUAGGCCUAUCCUCAGGAACAUACAAUCAAUCCUGCAGAGGGAGAUGGUACGAGAGUUCCUGGCUGAGUCCAUGAGCACCUAUGUCAUGAUGGUGUUUGGCCUUGGUUCCGUGGCUCAUAUGGUUCUAGGAGACCAAAAGCUUGGGAGCUAUCUUGGUGUCAACUUGGGUUUUGGCUUCGGAGUCACCAUGGGAGUGCACGUGGCAGGCGGCAUCUCCGGGGCCCACAUGAACGCAGCGGUGACCUUCACCAACUGUGCCCUGGGCCGGAUGCCCUGGAGGAAGUUCCCUAUAUACGUGCUGGGCCAGUUCCUGGGCUCCUUCUCAGCGGCAGCCACCACCUACUUAAUAUUCUAUAGUGCCAUUGACCACUUUGCAGGCGGAGACCUGUUGGUGACAGGGCCCUUGUCCACGGCAAACAUCUUUGCUACCUAUCUCCCCGAGCACAUGACGGUGUGGCAGGGCUUCCUGGAUGAGGUAUUCGUGACUGCGAUGCUCCAGCUGUGUCUCUUCGCCAUCACGGACAAGAAGAACAGUCCAGCCCUUCAUGGGACCGAGGCCCUGGUGAUAGGCAUCCUCGUUUGUGUCAUUGGCGUGUCCCUAGGCAUGAACUCGGGAUAUGCAAUCAAUCCGUCCCGUGACCUGCCUCCCCGCUUCUUCACUUUCAUUGCUGGCUGGGGCAAAAAAGUGUUCAGAGCCGGGGACAACUGGUGGUGGGUGCCAGUGGUGGCUCCCAUCGUGGGUGCCUACAUAGGAGGCAUUGUGUACCUGGGCUUAAUUCACUGCAGCAUACCUCAGCAACCUCAGAGAUUGGAGAAUUCUGCAGCAGGGGGCCAGAAGAUAACCGCAUCACCCGUGGUUCCCCUUACCCGCAUCUCUUCUACACCAGCUCCCAACCAACCUGCCCCACUUGCAUCACCCAUGGUUCCCCUUACCCGCAUCUCUUCUACACCCUCUUCUACACAAGCUCCCAACCAACCUGCCCCAAUUGCAUCAUCACCCAUGGUUCCCCUUACCCGCAUCUCUUCUACACAAGCUCCCAACCAACCUGCCCCAAUUGCAUCAUCACCCAUGGUUCCCCUUACCCGCAUCUCUUCUACACCCUCUUCUACACAAGCUCCCAACCAACCUGCCCCACUCCCAAGUGGUUCUAUGACUCUAGAGCAAUUCUAAGUAGAGCUAUCUGUGACCACAACCGUAUUGCAAUAAAGCACACCUUACUUGUAA